AUAUCUAGCAUAGCCAACCCUGUUACCAUGCGAAGAAUGGAAAACAGAUCGAAUUCACCAUAGAAUAACCAUCUCAUGUUUCUCCUUCUUGUACCUCGUUGUUCACUUUUGUGCAUACUAUAUACCAACUGCAUAAGCGGUUAGCCAUGAGUUUAUGCCUUCCAACUGAUAAAUCCUCUUAUCAUCGUGUCAGUCAUGAGGUCAAUCUCGAGCUGCACAUUUCAUCGUGGUGUAAAGUUAUUCAUUCGAAUCGACCUCACUUUUGGUCGGCUUCUUGUUGUCGAUGGAGACUCUCAGGCUUGUCUGCAUCAUAUUCAAUCACUUGUCAUCCAUACCACCGUUCUCAUCGCUUCUCUCUCCCUCUCUCUGUGUUUCACUCACACAAAUACAUGCACACAAAGAAAGUGUUGGAACAUCAUCGAUGUGUUUUCAAUAGGGUUAUUGCAAAUGACAAGCCGGAGAAAAUGUCUGCUUUAAUCCAUUCGAAUUAUUCACCAAUGCAAAGCAGCAGUGGACAGCAAUGAAUUGAGUGCAC